AUGGCUGAAAAGUUGCAAGGACUACCUACGAGGUCAAAGUGGAGGGAAUGCGGCCAAAGGACAGACCAAGAAAAAUAUGGGAAGAAGGAAUUAAAGAAGCCUUUGACAGGAGAAGAAUGGACUGGAGUAGGAGAAGACAGCUGGCCCAGGAUAGAGAUUCUUGGAUCAAGCUCUAUAAGAAGGAACCUCACUCAGCGGUAACAAAGAGGACUGGAUUAAGUAAGUAAGAAAAUUUUA